GGAUUAGACGCAUCAGGAGUUACCAUGCCUAGUUUUGCUAAUGUUGGGGUAGCAUUAGCUGCGGAACUUAAUGAACCUUUGAUGGCAGAGCUUAUUGAAUUAGAACCCGCCGCAGAGAUGGCAACAGCUGUUAUAGAGGAAUCCGAGGAAGAGAAAAAGGCAAAAUAUUGGUCGGAGAACAAGGAUUCUCUUUUGAAAUGUCAGUCAAUUGCACGUACUUAUCUUGCGAGAAAAAGAUUAUUAGAACGAAGAGCAGUGCAUCAGUCAGUUAUACCUUUCGUAAUUCGUCUGCAGGCACAAUCUCGAGGUUGGCUAGUGCGAGCGGAAUGGAAUAGACGUUUAGAUCAAAUGGAAAAGUUGGAAAAAUGGGUUGUACAGUUGCAAGCAGCUAUACGUAGAAAAUUGGCCCAAGAAAAACAUCGUGGUCGUUCAGAUCAUUAUCGAAAAAAUAUUGAUAAAGUUAUCAAGAUCCAGAGCUUAUACCGUGCCAAACAUGCGGGAGAUGCUUAUCGAAAUUUGGUCAUGGGAAGCAAUCCGCCAGUAGGAACUAUCAAGAAUUUUAUUCAUUUAUUAAACGAUAGUGAUUUUGAUUUCGAGGAAGAAAUUGAGUUGGAACGUUUGAGACAAGCUGUCAUUCAACGUAUUCGUGAAAACAAUCAAUUCGAGGAUCAUCUGAAUCAACUUGAUAUUAAAAUUGCCUUAUUGAUUAAAAAUAAGAUCACCCUGGAUGAGGUGGUCGCUGUGGCUAACCCAAAGAAGCGUAACCGACGGCUUUCCCAACUCAAUUCUCCUCAUGGCCCUUUUUCUCUGAAAUCAUUGGACAAGGAGUCACGUCAUCGACUAGAAUUGUAUCAACAACUUUUUUAUCUGUUACAAACACAGCCGGUAUAUCUUGCAAGACUUUUUUUCAUAAUGAGCAAGAUGAGUUUCCCAGAAAAGACCAAGAAGUUGGUGGAGGGUGUGGUGCUAACUUUAUUCGGAUAUGCACAAAACGCAAGAGAGGAGUAUCUGUUACUCAAAUUAUUCCAAAGAAGUAUGAUGGAAGAAUUAGAGAAUAUAGAUUCAUUGCAAGAGUUCUUAAGGGGAAACUUUAUGUUUAUGAAAUUGGUCGUUCACUAUAAUCGUGGAGCAAAAGAGCGAAAAUUCCUGCGAGAUUUGCUUAGUCCCUUGGUAAAACAUGUUAUGGAUGAAGAGUCGCUGGAUCUGGAAACAGAUCCUUUAGUUAUUUACCGGACGUUGAUCAAUGCAGAAGAAUUGAGAACAGGUCAGAGGUCCACUAGACCGACAGAUAUCACACAAACAGAUGCGUUGAAUGACCCGGAGACAAGAACAGUAUUUAUUCAUCACUUGCAAAAACUUCGAAAGGAGACCGAGAUGUUUUUGAUGGCAAUAAUAAAUUCUAUUGAUAAGAUGCCAUUUGGAAUACGGUACAUUGCCAAGGAGUUAAAGAAAGCUUUGAUGAAAAAGUUUAGUAAUGAAAGCGAGGAUUCAGUGGUAAAAGUAGUAGGGCAUUUGAUUUAUUAUCGAUAUUUGAAUCCCGCGAUUGUCGCACCUGAGGGAUUCGAUGUUAUUGAAAAUGUUGUCAGUCCGAUGCAACGUAAAAGCUUGGCUGAGAUAUCCAAAAUGUUGAAUCAAAUUUCUGUGGGUAAAUUGUUUAGUGAAGAUAACCUGUACUUACAGCCUUUGAACGAGUAUGUUUUGUACGCGACAAAUAAAUUUUCGAAGUUCUUUAAAGAUGUCACGGAGAUUGGAGAUGCAGAGACAUUUUUUGACAUUGAUGAGUUCGAUGACCUCGCCAGGACGCAUAACCCGAUCAUAUAUAUUUCACCACAAGAGGUGUUUCUGACACACGAAUUGCUAAUGCAACAAUUGGAUCACAUAGCACCACAACCUAAUGACGUGUUGAGGCAUAUAUUUCAAGAUCUUGGUGAGACACCUAAGAUCGAAGAUGAAUCGGGUGAUUCAAACGCCAAUGAAAUAUCACUGACACUUACGAGUCGAUUUGCACUAGAAGCAAUAAGUGACCCGGAUGCAGAAAUCAAUCAUUUGUUCGUUGAAACAAAACGUACAGUUCUUUCUAUAUUGCGGGUACAAAAUGGUACAAGCUUAUUGGACAUUCUAUUAAAACCGGUGACCCCGCAGGACGAGGAGACGUAUGCGGAAAUAUGUAAAAAAGAUCGAAAAAAGAAAAAGUCCGAUUCAGGAAGUAACGCGAGCGGUUCUAGUGGCCGAAGUGGAAUAAGCGUGGAAUUAAAUGACAUUAGUCGCAUGAAAUUCCUAGACGUGAAAAAACUAACGUUACAAAACAUAUUAAAGUUAGAGAAAGAGGGAAAGGUGACGAGAAAAAACAAUUAUCAAGAUAUGUUAAAUGCGAUCGCUAUUGACAUAAGGAAUAAACAUAGGAGACGGGUGCAAAGACAGAAAGAAUUGAGACAGCUGAGGCAGACUUUGAUUAAUUUGGAAGAGAAGCGAACGCACUUGGACGAGCAGAUCAAAACAUAUAACGAUCAUAUUGAUGUUUGUAUGCAACAGUUAUCUUCCAAGAAAGGCAAAAAAAGUCGUAUGGUUUUACCGUUCACCAGACAGUACUUCCAUCUUCGAGAAUUGCAAAGGUCCGGGAAGGUUCCACAGUUCGGAUCAUUCAAGUACACGGCCCAGCGACUUCACGACAAAGGAGUGCUGAUCUCGAUAUCAGGUUAUCCAACGUUGGACAAAAUUAGUUUUACCAUAUCAUCCGAUGAGGUGGGAAUAUUUACCAUUGAUGCAUCUUACGCCGGAGUAUCAGUACCGGGAGCUCAAAUGGAAUUGAGAUUAGAAGAUUUGUUACAAAGUCAGUUUAAUAACGUGCAAGUGAUGAGCAUAUUUGAUGGAGUGGCAAAAGUGAACGUUAAUCUGUUAUUGUUUUUAAUCAACAAGAAAUUUUUCGUGUGA